CUCAUCGAAAAAGCGUCAUGGCGUUCCUGCGCUUCCGUUUCCUUCUCCAUUUACGCCCAUUCUUCUGUUGAGUCCUUAAAUUUCCGUAAGGUAUCCCUACGCUCACACCAAGAUGGGUAGGGAGGACAAGGCAACCUGGAAGUCAAACUACUUCACCAAACUUAUCCAACUUCUUGAAGAUUACCCAAAAUGCUUUAUUGUGGGCGCGGACAAUGUCGGCUCAAAGCAGAUGCAGCAAAUUCGUAUGUCUCUACGUGGAAACGCAGUCGUUUUAAUGGGUAAAAACACCAUGAUGCGUAAAGCAAUCCGUGGUCACAUUGAACGCAAUGCUGCUUUGGAGAAACUUUUGCCUCAUAUUCGUGGAAACGUUGGAUUCGUUUUUACCCGCGGAGAUCUUGUUGAAGUAAGAGACAAGCUAUUGGAAAACAAAGUACGUGCUCCAGCUCGUGCUGGUGCUAUGGCACCUUUGAGCGUCGUCAUCCCUGCUCAAAAUACUGGAUUAGGUCCAGAAAAGACUUCUUUCUUCCAAGCUCUCAGUAUCCCCACCAAGAUUUCCAAGGGUACUAUUGAAAUUAUCAACGAUGUCCACAUUUUGAAACCUGGAGAUCGAGUUGGUGCUUCAGAAGCUACCCUUCUGAACAUGUUGAACAUCUCGCCCUUCUCAUACGGUCUUAUUGUGGAACAAGUUUAUGACUCUGGCACUAUUUUUGCUCCUGAAAUUCUUGACAUCAAACCUGAAGAUCUCCGCGAAAAAUUCUUAGCUGGAGUAGCUAACUUAGCCGCUGUUUGUUUAGCCAUUGGCUAUCCAACAGUUGCCAGUGUUCCUCACAGCAUUGUCAAUGGAUUCAAGAACUUGUUGGCUAUUGCUGCAGUUACUGAAGUUGAAUUUGCUGAAGCAACAACUAUCAAAGAAUACAUCAAGGACCCAAGCAAAUUCGCAGUCGCUGCUGCACCCGCUGCAGCUGCUGCUCCUGCCGCAGCACCAGCAGCUGAGAAGAAAGACGAAAAGAAAGAUGACUCUGAUUCUGAAGAUGAUGUCAUGGGCUUUGGUCUCUUUGAUUAAAUUUGACUGCUUUCAUGGUCUCAAACGUACUAUUUUUGGAAGAAUUUGCUAUUGACGCUUUGUACUGACGUCCGAAUAAAGCAAAAAUAUAAAAAAA